UCUCCAUGUUUACAUGAACAUUUCAGAUUUACGAUUUCCUACCAAAUAUUAUUUGUAUGGCCGGAUCAAAGUCGUGAUUAUGUUGACGUUCAUGUUCAAUAUGGCGGUAUGUCGUCAGUGCUAUGCUGUGUCGUGCUUGUGAAUAUCGGUAAAGGUAUACCUACAUAGAUAGUAACAGAAUUACACGAUUACCUUCAACCAAGCCGAUGCACCACAGAGCUCCGAUUCAGCAAGCAUUGAAGACAUCUGAGGAUAGAAUAUAACGUAAUCAUAAGUAGUUUUACUUUGAAACAGAGAUUUUGGUGUUUAAAUUGUGAUUUUUACGCUAAGGACUCAAUGGUGUUUUUGAGAACACAAAUAAGAAAAUGUGAUUUGAUUUUGAAAUUUGUAACUUCUUUAUAAAAACUUUUAACACCACACGAUUUUCUGUGAUAUAUUGGUACAUACAUAAUACUGAAGAUUUUCGACCUAUAUACAAGGUUCACAAUCAAGGAAUAAUGUCCAGCAAUCCUCAGUGGAAAAUGUUCCAGCCGCCAGAUUCACACUCGUCACCCUUGCAGGACAUUCUAGAUAUCCAGCACUCGAACAUGCAGGCCAAACAGGCGUAUCGUAAUGGUACUUACAGCAGUGAGUACCCUAGCUCUCCAAGAGAUAACUACAAUAAUAUGGGGAAGACAAGUGGUGGGCAUCGAUUCAACCUUGGCAACUACAACUUGGAUGGAUGCCCCAUGGGGGACUCCGUUGGAGUGUACUCUUCGGGAUCAACUAACAAUUCAUCUCAAUAUGACUCUACAAAUCACCCACCUAUUAGAGAGACGGGCAUUAUUGAAAAAUUACUGCACUCCUAUGGCUUUAUCCAAUGUUGUGAGAGACAAGCUCGUCUGUUUUUCCACUUCAGUCAGUUCAGUGGUAACAUUGAACAUCUCAAAAUUGGUGAUCCUGUAGAAUUUGAAAUGACUUAUGAUCGCCGCACUGGUAAACCCAUUGCCUCUACAGUCACAAAGAUUGCACCAGAAGUGGUUUUGAGUGAAGCCAGGGUGACUGGGACUGUCACAACUGAGGUAAAAGGAGAAGGUUCAGGAGAUAACACAGGGAGGAUUUCCUAUGAAAACAGGGGAGAAUGCUUCUUCUUGCCCUAUACAAAAGACGAUGUUGAGGGUAAUGUGACUUUGCGAACUGGUGAUGCGGUUAGUUUUCAGAUAGCUACUAAUCAAAGAGGCACUUUGGGUGCUUGUCAUAUUCGUUUUGAGAAUCCUGCCCACCCAGUCAAAUAUCAUGGUGUUGUGUGUUCUAUGAAGGAAAACUUUGGGUUUAUUGAACGAGCAGAUGUGGUUAAGGAGAUAUUUUUCCACUAUACUGAAGCCAAGACUAAAGAAGAACUAUGGUUAGGCGACGAUGUUGAAUUUAUUAUCCAGACUAGGAAUGGUAAGGAAGUGGCAUGUCAUAUUACUAAGUUACCGUCUGGGUCCGUUGUCUUCGAGGAUGUGAGUCCUGAAACGAUGCGCGGACAAGUGCUCAAGCCGCUUGAGCGCGGAAGCAUGACACGCGCACCGCAGAACGACCCUUUGCCCGGCAGGAUUAGAUACCGCGCAGCUGAUCACUCCGAGGUUGAGGUGCCUUUUGGAGAUAAAGAUCAGUGCGGCGAAUUCACGCUGCGCCACGGAGAUUGGGUGCAGUUUCAGGUUGCUACGGACAGGCGCGACCAGUUGAAGCGCGCUACCAACAUAUCUCUCCUCGAUGAGUCAUUCAAUGUCUCUGGAGAAAGGAGGGAACAGGGCGUGGUGUGUUCUCUUCGUGAGGGCUUCGGGUUUAUUCGCUGCGUCGAAAGGGAACAAACUAUGUUCUUUCAUUUCGCUGAAGUUCUUCGUCUUGGUCGUGAGCUGAGUGUUGGAGAUGAGGUGGAAUUCACUGUGGACCCAGUGUCGACGUUUUCCAAUAUGAACACGCGGCAGUCGGCCAUCCGCAUCAAGCACCUGCCGCCGGGCACAGUGAAAUUCGAGACUCAGAUCGAGCGCGGUGUGCGCGGUGUUGUUGCCAAGGAAGCUCAGCGAUAUUCUAGCUCCAGCCCGACGCGCCCUGAACCCACAGAUUCCAACGGCUUAAUUACCUGCCAAAUCAAUGGUACUAAGAAAACUCUGCCAUUCGCUGCCAAAAAGUGUGAGACCAAACUGCUUCCCCGCGUCGGAGAUAAAGUCACCUUUGACAUUUACCAGGUAAAGAGAACUAAGGAGCUGGUAGCGAUGUCGGUGCAGAUACAACACAGCCUUACAAACGGCAGCUCGAGCAAUGGCGGCGGCAGCAACACCCGCCCUGUAAUGCAAGGCUUCAUUGCGGCUCUCAAGGAUGGCUUCGGUUUCAUUGAGACUUCUGACCACAACAAAGAAGUCUUCUUUCACUUCAGUAAUCUGGAAGGCGUAGCUGACUCAUUAGAACUGGGCACAGAGGUGGAAUAUUCCUUGGGACGCGUAAACGGGUCGGGCGGCGGGUGCGCCAGCGCCGAAUUCGUUCGCGCUUUACCGCGCGGCACCAUCUCCAUCGCUAAACCGCUUGAGCCUACCCUCAACGGUACUGUUACUCGCACACUACGCGCCCUCAAUCCGGAUCAAGCACAAUAUUCAGGUCUGAUUCAAGUGGAAGGUGGCACUUCGUACGAGUUCGGCAUCAUGGGUCUUGCUUGCAAGCGAGAGAUUCUACAGGUCGGGGACCCCGUCACCUUCCAAGCGGACGUGGAAGGGCGCGCAACCAACAUUGUGCCAAUCCGGAAGAAGCGACGUGCUGUAGUAGACGCUAUUAAAGGUGGAUUUGGAUUCUUGUCACUGGAGGGUGAGGAAACUCGGCGUCUCUUCUUUCACAUGUCUGAGGUACGCGGCAACCCGUCUGACCUCCAGCCCGGCGACACGGUUGAGUUCGUGAUGCUCACUAACCCUAGAAACGGGAAAAGCUCUGCCUGCAAUGUCGUCAAAGUCAGCAGCAAAAGCACAACUGUUGUAAAGACUCGGGAGCGGCCAGAGAGGCUUCUGGCGCGGCUGCGGACCGCGUCACUAGAAGAAUCGGGUGCACCUCGUGUGAUCACCGUUCGCCCGCCUCGCGGCCCCGACGGAAGCCGCGGCUUUCGGCCUCGUCGACCCCUCACUGAUCUGUUAGCCGAGUGAGUAGACCGCCGUCGAAGCACACAGAAGGAGCUGAACACUACAGCCACGUAACAGCGAUGUAGAUAACAUCCUAAAGGUUUGAUUUUUGAAUUAAAAUUGUUGCAUGUAUUCAUGAGAGACUGACUGAUCCUCUUUUCUUUAGCAGCAUUUAGAAAAUUGUUUUGUUAUUUUUUUCUAAUUCUAGGGAAACAAAUACCUACAAUAAAUAAAUUAUUGUCAGCUAUUUUAAUCAUACCGAUCAAUUGUGCAUCACCACUUUAGCUUAUAAUAAAUGAGCGAGGAACAUAUCAAGUUAAUUGAACCGAGUUUAGUUGCUUUAUUUAGAGUUUCAUUAUUUAAGAGGUUCUUUUUCGCAUAGACACGUUGUUCAAAAUUCCGUUUCCGUAAUUUCGGAGCCCAAUGUGCUGCGGUUUGCCAAGUUCUUUUUAAUGUAAAUAGUCGGCGACAAUUAUUAGAUGAGGAAUGGUUAGAAAUCCCCGAGCUGGGAUCCAAAAGAUGAGCUGCGCAAUGCAGGGGUACUGCCAAUGUUUAAUUGUAGAUCCUUUAUAUACGACUGAGUAGAUACCGGAACAUAGUAAUCAUACAGCCUUAAAUCAUUUAAUUCAAGUACGGUUAUGUAAAUAAAUAAUAUAUAUUUUAGAGCAUAGGUUUAAUAUAACACGCAUUGCUGCUACCAUCGAACCACAGCGUGUCGAUAGAUUUUUCUCGUGAUAUUUAGGUGUGGCUGUUUAAAUUGUACAGUUAAUCAUUGAACGUCGUCGUCGUGUACUCGUAUAUAUUUUUAAUUAAUAAUUAGUGUCGCGUCACGUUAUUGAGUGGUGCGUCGGCCCGCGGUGUUGUAUUCUCCAAUGACGUGUCUUCGGUUCGCGUGUGCGUGCUACCACCGCGCUGAGCCGUGUCCUGCCGCUCGCGACCAGCGAAUGUAUGUUGGUUGCAGUUGUUAUUUCGUUUGCUAGAUCUCGUUACGCGGAAUAUUCUGUGAUUUGUGAAAAAUUCAUGUGCAAUAAAUUAAAAAUCGAGAAAUUUAUUAAUAUCGUCCUCAUAGGACUGUGCUAGUCUUAGUAUAACUCGUGCCUGUAUGUCAACUCGCGAGUGCUUCAUCUGAUACCUGUCGCCUGCUAUAUUUUCGUGUCGAUGGCUCAACCGCAAUUUAAUAUUACGAUCGAACAAAAUUACUCAUGCCUCUUUUGUAUAUGUAGUUGAAAAAAAAAGCAUUUAACGUAAUGGAAUGGAACCAAAGACUGAAAAAUACUUUCUACGAUAAUAAUAUUGGUAUUAGAUUAUUUUAAUGAAAGUUAUGUUGUGAAAAUUUGUGGUGUAGGUAGGCGUCGCCAUCAGGUUGUUUAACCUGACGGCGACGGCAAAGUUAUUUUGUCGUCGAAGUCGAUGAGCCACCUUGCAUUCGUGUUCCAAUGUUACAUUGCAACGCGAAGUUUAACAGCUUCUAGAUCUAUUGUUACUUUGGUCUUAAACUUCUUCUUUGUCUUGUCAUAUACUUGCUUAGAAAUGGCAGAUAAGUAAUCUCGUAUUUUCGCUGAGGCGUCUUCGGUGUAUGUUAAUAAAAUAUGUAUUUAUAAAUAAAUAAAGAUAAUAUGACAUAAAUUCAUACAUCAGUUUAUAAUUCUUAUCUGGCCAUUGGCCUCGAGAGAUAAUCCUUGAUGAUUGAAAAUCGAUAUUUUCUGAUUAUUAGUAAUUACACACUACUUGGCAGCAAAUCGUCAAGGCGAUUUAGUUUCAUAUGUCCACAAUUUUAAUACGGUUAUAUUUGGACUCUGUUUCAACGGGACUCUAUCUAAUGGACGCAAUUUCAAAUUAUCACUACAGACAUAGCUUUAUCAAUGGGAGAUGGAGGUGGCACUAACUAAACAUAAUACAGUAACCUACUUAAUUACUUUAGCCUAGGAGACUAUUCAAAUAUUCUUAUAGGCGUUACAGUUUUAAUAUUGACCAAAUCUUGUAGUAUCAUUGUUCGUCUUUUUAUUUCGCCAUUUUUUUCUGUUGGUUAAUGUAACCGUAUUUCUUAUUUUGUCUUUUACUCCUUUCUUAAUGCGAAUCAUGAAUAUAUUCCGUAUAAAGAAAAUUUUGAGGUUUCUCAUUCGUGUCUCUCUUCUAUGGCGGGCUCAGGGCGUAUUGCUAUUUACAAGUUGAUGUUAUGAAAGAAUUAAAGUUAGUAAUAUCACUUAGAUUUUUGUUUAUUCAUGGAUAUCUUCAUAGGUUAUUCUUUAGGGGUGAAAAGGUUAUUUAUAGUCAGGAUAGGAUUCUUCAACCGCGCCGGAAGUGUUGUAUUUUAUGUUACUAAUGCGUCCAUUUGCGAGUCCAGUUGAAAAAGUACCAUUCGAGUUGUCACCACAUGACAUAAAAUAGUCGAGGCUACAAAUCAAUUGUUCUUGUAACACUUUUGUAAUGUUGCAAUGUUAUUUCCAAGAUAAAGUUAUGAGAUUAGUGUUUUUUUAAAAUUUAUUAUAUGUAAUUAUUAAUACAAAUAUCGGAUACACAGAACAAUUUCUUCUUUCCGGGUUUUUGUGACUUAACUGCACUAGUUUUGUUAAUAAUCAUAACAAAACUAAUGGAGUUGUUUCACAAAUAAUAUCUCAAUAAUUCAUUAUAUAUUAUGUAUUUCAUAAACUGUCUUGUAAUAUAGUUACAAUAAUAUUUCAUAAUCUAGUGCUGUAAAUUCAGGGCGAAGGGUGAAGUAGGUAUGUGUCUAUUAAGAUUAUAUUAUACGUAAUGUAAUUCAAAAUCCGAAUCGAACUAUGUUUUUACAAUCAAUUUAACUCAAUCACACAUUAUUUAUUGAAAUAUUUUUAUGUGAAGUGUGUAUUUAAGUAAUCAAUCUGUAACGUUAACAUUCAUUCAGUUCGGGUGUUGUUUUAUUCCCAAAGAUGUAUAGGAAUUUUGAACAACCGUUAUAUGCAUAUGUUCUAAACAACAAAUUAUUAGUUGCUGUAUCAUAUAUAUGCUCAUGUAACCAUAUAAUAGUAAUAGUGAACAUGAUAUAAUCAGAAUAUUUGAUGUUGUAGUGUACGAUUAACCCCGAGUCACUGCGGGUGUAGGUAUUAUUAUAUACUAGUCUUAAACAUUUAUGCCCGGUCUCUGUCUGCGUACGUGUAAGCUAACUGCUGUCAAAAAACUUCGUAGAUCUGAUGAUUGCGCUCCUUGAGCGUGGACUUUGCAAGUUCUAUUGUAGUUGUGAAUUUGAUGAACCACUUGCAAUAAUAAACUUGUGUAAAUUUCAGUGCUUAAAAGAACCUCUGGAACUACCACAAAAAAAAUGUUAAAAUUAUUUAAGCCUUUCAAAAUUACAAACUUUGGAAUAAUCAUAAGAUUUUAUUUUUAUUUAGUUCUUCGAAUGUAAUCACUAGUGAAGUUAUCUAUGCCAAAUGUUUGUAUACACCCUGUACAUUUUGAAAUUGUUAUUAAAAACAAUGUACACUACGUGUUGCGACUUCUACUAAGAUCCCAUUGUCUUUAGGCGCAGUCGGAAGAACGCACCGUACGCGCUUUCCGAGUCUGCCUUAUAGUGAGUUCGUAUGCAAUAAUCUCCACAAGCAAUCUUAUUCUAAACUAGGUUAGAUGGUAUUAUUUGGUUACAUUUACGCAUGUUGGCACUGUCGCCAGUUUUAUGGAAUAGUGAAUCGUGUCACAUAAUCCGUUAGUUAGUAUUGUGCAACUGAUCCGCCGAGUGUUGCCAUGCCAAGCCAAAACAUAAUAUAGCUGAUACCACACGUGGAAUAAGAUACACUAAACAUGUAAUAAAUGAUAAACCAUGUAAAUGCAUCUCUUAUUUAAUCGAGUUCAUUUUUAUUUUGCAUGCAUUUAUUGGGUUUGCUUUUGUUGUCAUCUUAGGUAUAAGUUGUUAAUACCUCUCUUGUUUGGGGGUGCUGAAAUCAUAAGCGCGAAGUAUUGCGUCAAGUAAAACAAAUAUAGUAAAACACUUUUUU